AUGGUUUCAGGAGGCUUGGAUACUACAGCAUUUCCCAGACAUUAUUGCUGGGAAGAGGUGCCCACCUACACAGAGAUCAUGCCGCAUGCCAGUCGUUUCAUCCCCCGUAGAGGGAACCAGCAUCCGGAUCCAUACAGACGCAGUCAUGACCGCAUGGCCGCCGAGGACAUCAAGUAUGACUGUUAUGCUGCGCAUCGGGAGACCGUUAUGUUUGACGAGAUAGCUCUGUACUCCGGAUGGUUGGCUGCCAGCUCGACCAUUGUUGUACGCUAUCUUAUGGAGCGCGUCAUGCGACAGUUUAGAUUUGAGCAGACGAUACCUCACGAUCCUACUGCCUCAGCUCAUAUCUCUAUGACCUGCAUGCAGUUAGAGGAGGUCUUCGCAGAUUGGAAGCAGCACGUGGUCCUUGAAGAGGCACAAGCGACGCCAUCAGAGCACGACUAA